AUGGGCAACAUCAAGCAGUCUGUCAAGAACAAACUCUAUGACUGGACGGGCUAUGACCCGAACGCCCCCCAGUCCGUCACCGUGGGCGACUACCUCCGUGAUCACAAGACGGACAUUCGCGAGGCCAUCAAGAACUACAUCCUGUCCCUGUUCCCAUUCCUCCAAUGGAUGCCCCGGUACAACCUGCAGUGGCUCUAUGGUGACCUGAUCGCCGGUAUCACUGUUGGUAUGGUCCUUGUCCCCCAGUCUCUGUCCUACGCCAAGCUCGCCAACCUGCCUCCCGAAUACGGUCUCUACUCAUCUUUCAUCGGUGUGCUCACGUAUGCCCUCUUCGCCACGGCCAAGGAUGUCUCGAUCGGUCCCGUCGCUGUCAUGUCUCUCGAGACGGGUCGUAUCAUUAACCACGUCCAGCAUGCGCACCCCGACAAGUGGACCAACCCCCAGAUUGCCGUGUGUCUCGCGUUCAUCUGUGGUUUCAUCGUUCUCGCUAUCGGACUCUUCCGCAUUGGUUGGAUCAUCGAGUUCAUCCCGCAGCCUGCUGUUUCCGGAUUCAUGACUGGCUCUGCGCUCUCCAUCGCGGCCGGCCAGGUGCCCGCUCUUCUGGGCACUUCCAAGCUCUUCGACACCAAGGCUGCCACUUACGAGGUCAUUAUCAACACGCUCAAGCACUUGCCUGACUGCACCCUUGACGCGGCGUUCGGUGUAACCUCGCUCGCGCUGCUGUACUUCAUCAAGUGGGGCCUCACCUACCUUCAGAAGCGGUACCCCAGAUACUCUCGUUGGGCCUUCUUCGCGCAGGCUCUCCGCCACGCCUUUGUCAUCAUCAUCUUCACCAUCAUCUCGUGGCGCAUCAAUUACCCGAACAUCAAGGCGGGCAAGAAGAGCCGCAUUGCCCUUGUUGGCCACGUCCCCUCUGGUCUUCAGCACGUCGGCUCGCCCUACAUCACGACCGAUCUCAUCGCCGCCAUGGGCUCGCACCUCCCCGUCGCCACCAUCAUUCUCCUUCUCGAGCACAUCUCCAUCGCCAAGUCUUUCGGCCGCCUGAAUGGCUACAAGAUCAACCCUAACCAGGAGCUCAUCGCUAUCGGUGUCAACAACACUGUCGGCUCCGUCUUCUCGGCUUACCCCUCCACUGGUUCGUUCUCGCGUUCCGCCCUCAAGUCCAAGUCUGGUGUCCGCACUCCGGCCGCCGGUAUCCCCACCGGUGUCGUCGUUAUCAUUGCGCUCUACGCCGUCGCUCCUGCUUUCUACUGGAUCCCCAACGCCACUCUCUCGGCGCUCAUCAUUCACGCCGUCGCCGACCUGGUUGCCUCGCCCAAGCAGUCGCUCGGCUUCUGGCGUGUCUCGCCCCUCGAGUACAUCAUCUUCGUUGGAGCCGUUGUCUGGUCGGUCUUCUACACUAUCGAGUCGGGUAUCUACUGGUCGCUCGUGUGCUCCGUCGUUCUUCUCCUCUUCCGCAUCGCGCGCCCCAAGGGUCACUUCCUCGGCCGUGUCCGCAUCGCUCCCGAGAACAACAAGGGCGAGACUCGUGACGUCUACGUUCCCCUGUGCCGCAACGGUGUCACCAACGAUGAUGUCACUGUCGAGCAGCCUCCUGCGGGUAUCGUCAUCUACCGCUUCGAGGAGUCCUUCCUUUACCCCAACGCUUCCUACAUAAACGACAAGCUCGUCGGAUACGUCAAGGAGCACACUCGCCGCGGCAAGGACUACCGUACGAUCAAGAUGGGUGACCGUCCCUGGAACGACCCUGGACCGAAGAAGGGCCAGGAGGACCCCUCGUUGGACGACAGCCACAAGCCCCUGUGUCGCGCCGUUAUCCUCGACUUCCAGGCUGUUGCGAACAUUGAUACGACCGGAGUGCAGAACCUUAUUGACGCGCGCAAGGAGGUCGAGAAGUGGGCCGACCGCAGCGUCGAGUUCCACUUCUGCGGCAUUCUGUCUCCUUGGAUUCGCCGCGCCCUUAUCGCGGGCGGUUUCGGCACUGGUGCGCACAAGAAGGGAGUCGCACUCGAGGUUGCGCCCAUUGUUCGUCCCUACGGUGUGGGUGGUGACGCCGACCCGGAGCACACUGAGCGCCCUCACCUCUCCCCUCGACCGGAUCUCGAGAGCGGGCACUUCGACUCUGGCGUCGAGGCUGGUCCCUCGUCCACUCCCACAUCUGCUUCGGGCUCUUCGUCCGUCUUCUCCGACUCGGACAUCAAGCACGCUUACAGCGCUUCCGACGCCGAUGCGACUCCCCGCGACUCGCACGACAAACAGGGCUCCAUCACGCUCCUGGACCGUGCGACGCCGUUCUUCCACUUCGACCUCGCCGAUGCGCUCAACACGAUUGCUGUCGAGGACCUCCACGACAACAAGGAGAAGGGCACCAAGAUUGUGCACGCCAUUGAGGGCGAAGAGAUCGUGCGCGAGCACCAGGUUCUUGAGGACGAGACGCCCAAGGACCCCCACACGAUCACGCAGGUCGCCCCCGUCGACCCCAUGCCCGAGCACCAGACGCGAUACGUCUAA